ACAUGUGAAGUCAGGGAUCCAAAUGCAGAGGCGAGGACAUCGAGAAUCUCCUCGCAUUGUCCUCCAUUGUGCUCGCCGCAUCGCUGGCGCCGCCAGCGGUUGCCGCGGGGGUGCUCGUUGCGGAGCCCGAGUUCAUGCGCAACCGGACCCAGCCUAUGCUCUCCGAGCUUCGGCGCCAGUACGCGGCGUGGGAGCGAGACCUGGGCCGCCGGGUGCUCGAGGAAUAGGCUGUGCGCGCCCGCGUUGACCUCUUGGGGGUCAGGGGGUUCGGGUGGGGAGAGGAGGGAGCGGUGGAGGCACGGCUCUCGCGGCGAGCAAGCAAUUCCUCGACGUGGCUCUCAACGACCAGUCAACCGGUGAGCAGGCAGGAGUUAGAGAGACGGAGGAACUAGGAGAGAGAUGUCAGGUGGGCAUGAUGCCAUGAACCGAAUUGCACUCACAGCAGCAGGAACAAACAAAACCGAGAUCGACCGGCGAGCACUCCUUUGCUUCAAGUCCGGCAUAUCCUCUGACCCCCUGGGCAUCCUGAACUUAUGGCUCAAGACCUCACUCAACUUCUGCAGCUGGCCAGGGGUCACUUGCAGCAAAUGGCUUCCAACCCGUGUGAUCUCUCUAGAUCUCACCUCCACGCAUCUCGGUGGGCAGAUAUCUGGUUGCAUAGCAAACCUGACAUCUCUAUCGCGGAUAAAUCUUACAGAUAAUCGCCUAUCUGGAGCCAUCCCUGAUGAGUUGGUCAAGCUUGCUGGCCUUCAGACUCUGAUGCUUGCCGGCAACCACCUUGAAGGUACCAUCCCUGAUGCAUUAGGCGCUAGCAUGUUUCUCAGCUAUGUCAAUCUUGCAAACAAUAGUCUCACUGGUGGUAUCCCUCACUCCUUGGCCAAUAGCUCCUCACUCAGCACGCUAAUCCUCUCGCGUAAUAACCUCAAUGGAGAGAUCCCUGCUUCAUUGUUUGCUAACUCAUCUACACUUACUAUAGUCGAUCUGCAGAUGAAUUCAUUGGCUGGUGUUAUCCCGCCUUUGGGUAAGGUCACAGCCCUCAAAUAUCUUUGUGUUACAGAGAACUUCCUUUCUGGAAGCAUACCUCCUUCAAUAGGAAAUGUUUCUUCCCUCCACUCUAUAUUUCUUGGCCAAAAUAAAUUUACAGGGUUAAUUCCAGAAAGUUUGAGUCACAUCCCAAAACUUAUGGAACUAGAUUUAAGUGUCAAUAGCUUGUCUGGGCAUGUCCCAUUAUCUCUCUACAGCAUGCCUUCACUCAAAUACUUAAACUUAGGCAGCAAUGGCCUUGUUGGGCAGAUACCAUCGUACAUCGGUCACUCACUACCGAAUCUCCAGUUCCUUAUAGUGCAAAGCAACAUCCUGGCCGGCCUGAUCCCUACUUCACUUGGCAACGCGUCAAAUCUUCAAGUGCUUGAUCUUUCAAAUAACUCCAUGCAUGGCCCUAUUCCAUCUCUUGGAUCGUUGUCAAAUUUGCGUCAAGUGCUUUUAGGGAUGAAUCAGCUAGAAGCACAUGAUUGGGCAUUCCUUUCUUCUCUAACAAAUUGCACCCAGCUUACAAAAUUGUCCUUGGAGGGAAAUAUGCUGAAAGGCAGCAUACCUAGAUCAGCUUUUAAUCUAUCCACAAGCCUAAAACUUUUGGCACUCGGUUCGAACCAAAUUUCAGGCACCAUACCUGUUGGGAUAAGAAAUCUUGUUAAUCUCACUUUCCUUAGCAUGGAAAACAAUUUGAUUUCCGGGAGCAUACCUCCUACUAUCGGCAAUCUGCACAAACUUUUUAUCCUAAACCUAUCCAAGAACAAAUUAUCAGGUCAGAUCCCUUCCUCGAUUGGUAACAUUACUCAACUGGGAGAGCUUUCUCUUGAUGAUAACCUUUUGAAUGGAAACAUACCUAGUAGUUUAGGUCUGUGCUUGGAGCUGCUUCAGCUAAACUUGUCCUUUAACAGCCUUUAUGGAUUCUUAUCAGAAGAACUAUUUGCUGGCCCUCCCCAUUUUUUGGGUGUGGACCUCUCGCACAACAAUCUCACAGGGGUAAUACCGGAGGACAUUGGCCAACUGGGAAAUGUUGUUCUUCUAAAUGUUUCCAACAAUUUGUUUUAUGGAGGAAUUCCCGGUGUGCUUGGUGGAUGCUUUGCUCUAUCAUCACUACGUAUGGAAGGAAACAAGCUUCAAGGGCAAAUUCCUGCAAGUUUUCAUGCGUUGCUGUCCAUCCAAUAUAUUAAUCUUUCUCGAAAUGACUUGUCCGGUAAUGUACCGAAGUUAUUUGAGAACCUGGCUAUGUUAGAGAAACUCGAUCUGUCUUACAACAACUUUGAAGGGCCAAUUCCAACUGGUGGCUGCUUUCAAAAUUCAACUGUUGUAUUUUUGGAUGGCAACAAGGGACUCUGUUCAAGGUCCUCCACACUGGCACUACCACUUUGUGAUGGCACUCCUGACAUAAAUCACCAUGUGCCAUUGCUGCUGAUAGUAAUACCAUGGGUUACUAUUGCUUCAUUAUUAUUAUUGAUAUGGUUUGUAAUCACUCUUUGGAAGAAAAGGGUGUUUGAAUUUCCACAGUGGGAUAACAUACUGAGUAUGUUUCCUUUUUUUGCCCAUCCAAAGAGAAGAGAAGUGCAAACAUUUCCACGCAACAAGGAGACGCUGAAGAAGGUAUCAUAUGGUGACAUCCUGAAAGCUACCAAUUGCUUUUCUUCAGUCCAUACAAUCAGUUCAACUCGUAGUGGAUCAGUUUAUGUUGGUAGAUUCAAGUAUGAUAAAAGCCUAGUCGCCAUCAAAGUAUUCAACUUGAAUGAACCUGGAGCAUAUGAGAGUUACUUUAUUGAAUGUGAGGUGCUACGGAGCACCCGCCAUCGUAAUCUAAUGCGACCUGUGACCCUAUGCUCAACUUUGGAUACAGAUAACCAUGAGUUUAAAGCGCUAAUCUUCAAGUUCAUGGUUAAUGGCAGCCUUGAAAGAUGGUUGCACUGUGAGUACUACAGUGCUAUGCCGGAGAGAGUGCUAAGCUUAGGCCAGCGGAUAUGCAUUGCAGCAGAUGUGGCUUCUGCUCUCGAUUAUGUCCAUAAUCAACUUACGCCUCCUUUGGUCCACUGUGAUUUGAAGCCAAGCAAUAUCCUUCUAGAUCAUGACAUGACUGCACGCCUUGGUGACUUUGGGUCUGCAAAGUUUCUAUUUCCCGACCUCAUUGUUCCAAAAAGCCUGAUCGAAGUUGGAGGAACAAUUGGAUACAUGGCACCUGAGUAUGGUAUGGGCUGUGAAAUCUCCACGGGAGGUGAUGUGUAUAGCUUUGGAGUGCUUCUUCUAGAGAUGCUUUUGGGAAAGCAGCCCACCGAUGAAAUGUUCGUCGAUGGACUUAGCCUUCAUAAAUUUGCCAACUCCAUGUUCCCAGAUAGAGUUGCAGAGAUUCUAGAUCCCCAUAUGGUGCAUGAGGAACACCAGCUGUGUGCCGAAGUACGGAUGCAUAGCUACAUUAUCCCGCUUGUUGCGCUUGGCCUGUCAUGUUCCAUGGAAUCUCCGAAAGAUAGACCUGGGAUGCAAGAUGUGUGUGCAAAACUUUGUGCUAUCAAAGAAGCUUAUCUGGAGUCUCGUGGUUAGUGCUUGAAUUCUCUUUUGCUGGUACUACUAGGAUGUGUAGUGAGUGACAGAUUCGUACUGUUAACAAUGCAAUUUGUAAUUGCGAGUCUUUCUAUUUGACA